AGGAGGCAGAGCAAGCUCUAAGAAAGGUCCUCAGACAUGCUCAAGGAUUCACAUCUCUAUCCUUGGCCAGGCUUCCCUCCCCCUUGUCGGUGUCAUACCCUUUAGCUGGAGGCAUCUCUGAGCCCUCCCCCUUCAUCCCAUUUGUGUUUCAGGUUUCCAAGGAGCAACGAGACCAUUUCACAGCUGUUUGAACUGAGUUUGCACAGGGCUUGGACUCCUACAACGGCUGCUCAGGGCAGGCAUUUUGCAGGCAGGGAUGUCAGUGGUGGCCCUGGGCCACCAGCUGCUGAGUAGGGAUGGUGGCUACAUCACCUGCCACUGUGGCAUCUCUGGGGGAGGCUAAUGUGAACGCCAGGCCAAUGUGAUGGCAGUCCCCAUCCCAGGGCUUCUCCCCUGCCUGUCUUUUCCAGGGUGGCACCGUGCGCUGUGGGGGUGUGUUGGGGUGGAAGUGGUAAGUGGGUAUAUUUUCGUUCGUCUCCUGGCUUGUGCUGCUCCGAGUCUGUGGCGCCCGGUAUUACUAACGCUUCCCUGCUCCAGCUGGCGGCAGGGGAUGAAUCACGAUGGCAGCACCACGGCACGGACCCCUUGCUGGCCAGCUGGCCCGGGGUGAUGGCCAAAGCACUGGUCGGUAUCUCCUGCCUCUGCCCAGGGUGAGCUUGCUGCUGCUGGAGAUGUCUCAGCAGCCUGUGGGGCAGGGUUGUCCCCUCUGCAUGAUGCUGCUUGCUUGGGGACGGCUGGCCCCUGUCCCCACUGCACGCUGGAGGUCUCAGGUGGCUUCACAAGCUCCUCUCUUCCCACCAGCAGCUUCCCCAAUCCUUCCCCAAGGAUGCAGCUUAUCCUCCUGCUGCCCUUCUGCAGUUGAUUGGUUCCUCUCCCUCCUGGUCAUGACCUCACAGCACACGAUGACAUCACAGACCUUGGUGACUCCUGUUCUCCCCGUAGCAAAGACACAGAGAUGCCUAGUGCUCCUCUCCAGUCCCUCCCGAACAACCUGGUGAUCUAAAUAGAGGGAUUUUGGUAAAUGCCUCUCCCUCACCAGCUGAGGCUGCAGAAGUUGGCACACUGCUCGUCAGUGUCACCUGCCUGUGUGACCUGGGCUCCAGGAAGAUAAUUUGGAUCCUCCUGCUUGCUGCAGCCCAAAGAACCCUGAAAAAUGUCACGGCUGCUUGGCGUCUCUGGGACAAUGGAGAGGGUCCGCCCAGAAUCUCAAGGCUUGGAAGAUGAUGAUGAGGAUGAUGACAAUGAUGACAAAUUCAGCUACUUCUGUCACUCUGCACAUCCUCCACUCCAGUGCAAGAGCUCCGACAGCUUGGCUGACAGUCAGGGCGAGGAUCUGGGAGAAACCACCCCAUUUUCCCUAAGUCCCAGGCACUCUUACAUGGUGAAAGACGAAGAACUGAAAAAUAGAAUAUAUGCCAAAACAUUGGCCAAGCAUGCACUGGCGCUUGACGAGGAAGCUCAAGAGUUUCAGGAACCAUUUUACAAAGACACAGAAGGGCCUGGCAGCUUGUCUGAAGAUGAGGACCACAGCUGGAACUACCACAUUCCUGUGCAUCAAAGGUCACGUGUUCUCCGAACUGCCAGUAUGGCACUGCGUGGUUCCUAUGACUCUUUCCAAUAUAGCAAGCACCUGGGGAUGGAUGCCUUUGUCCCAUGGUCCCAUGCCAGUGACCCUUACCUGGGGAACUCAGAGCACACCUGGGAGACAGAACCCCACUUGCUGCACGAAGAGGCCAUCGGGGACAGAGAGGUCCCGUCUUCAGAGACGACCUAUGACAUACUCAAGGAGGAGAACACCAUGCUCAGGAGGGUGGUCAGCAGCAUGAAGAGCUCCUUGGAGAACCAGGCAUGCACGGUGCGGAGGCUAGAGAGGCAGCUGGCCAAAGAGGAGAGGGAAGCCCAUGAGCUACAAUCCUUUGUCCAGCAAACUAAGUGGAAUCUUCAGCUAAUGACCCAGCGGGCUCUGGAGGCGGAAAGCACCGUGGAGGAGCUGAAGCAGGAGAUCUCUAUUCUCCGGGGAGAGCUGGAGAGCUCCAAGGCGAAGAGAGAAGAUCUGAAACCAGGCCAAAUAACUGACCUGGGAGCAGUGAAGCACAACAUAGACUUCGCCCUGGAGAACCUCCACAAAAUAAUAGCGGGUGCAAACCUGUCCAUCAGACAGCUUGCUUUGGGAGCAGAGUCGCUGCAUUUUGUUGCUGAGGUCCUUGAAUCUACUGGGAAAAUUUCUGAAGCUGAAGAAGAAAAAGAGCUAUGAACUCAAUUCUGUGCGGGUCCUACAGAUGAGUGUAUGGACCGAGACCACAGGUGUCCCACUAACGCCUAUACUAAAACCAUUUUCUCUCAUGUCCUCAAAUGUGUGUGUUCAGAUCCGCAGUCUUUAUUCUUCACGGAAAUACUUUUCUUGUGAUGGAGUACAAGUUGCAGGUAGUGAUGUAGUUCUAGCUGCUGAUGACCCAUUCUGGCACUCUGGAGCCAGCAGGAAAUGUUUCCCAGGCUCUGAGCUG